AUGGUUUUAUUGCAGAACCGUUAUCAGUGUGCGUUACCCACAACAACGACUGAGAAAACAUCGGAUUCAGCGGAAGGUCGUUUCAAUUUGGAGGAUGCAAAGCGAGAAAUGCGAGAGGCAGAUCAAUUCGACAAGGCGGCCUAUCGAGAGAGAAUGAAGAAACUUAGACAGGAGAAGAAAGCGAAACUGAAGAAGAAACUGAACGAACAAAGGAAAGGAAACGAAGAGACAAGUGGUGGUGCAGUGUUGGAUCUGGCUGAUCGACAAGGGGAUUCCGGAGAGUCUGGUGGAGAGGAUGCCGGAGGCAACGAAGAUCUAUCGUGGUUACCGGAUCCGGAUAAACCGAAGAAAUACGACGAGCAAUGGAAUGAAAUUGUUGAUGAUAAUGCUGAUGAAGGAAAUGAACCGAGGGUUGAGCAACGUAUCACGAGUGGCGAUGGCGAUGUGACGGAAAGUUUGAAGAAGAAGAAGCGGAAAAAAGAAAUUCCGAAUGAAAAAAUGAAAAAAUCGCAAAAAAUUCGAACGAGUAACGUGAUCGAUGCUGAAGCGAAGGCAUUGGCAUUGCUGGAAGGAACAAACUGA